AGAAGGAGGAGGGGGCAGGGAAGCACCUCCUGCUGCUGUCUCCUCAGGAAUCCUGCCCCGGGGUGCUGAGCCGGCAGAGCAGCGCAGCGCUGAGGUGCAGCGGGCAGACCGGCGCAGACCUAACAGCCACUGGAGACGGCAGGCAAGGCCAAGCCUAAUUGAGAGGGAAUCAGAAAGACGCGUGAAGGAGACCAAAUCUAAAUGCAAACGCCUCGCCCUCCUCCUCACCAGUGCUCCAAACCCUCAGAGUAAGGGUGUCCUGCUGUUCAAGAAGUGCCGUCAGAGGGUCAGAAGAAACACGCAGGUCAGCUACGGGACCACCUGAAGCCACUUGGACCCUGAGGACCAGGUAGAGGGAGAUCCGGGCCACGUUACCCAGAGCGAUUCAGAGCCGGAGGAGGACUACUCUCCCCAUCGCUGAGAGCACGUCGUGUACCCGUUCGGGGCAAAACGGUGAAGACAUGGAGGGACUGUCCGGCACCGAGGGCAAAGGGGUCAUGAUGUUCGCAAGGCGGCGCCAGAGGCUGGAAGAGAUGGCUCUGGAGCAGGAGGAGGAGCUGAGGAACAGAGCUCCACCGCCAAAGGAACCAGAGCCACCGAUCCAUCUGCAAACGGAGGAAACGUACAUGCAGUCUGUGGAUACAAGUCCCCAGCUAACUCCACAGCAACAGGAAAAUAUUAAACCGAUGACGAACCAGAUCCCUGAGCCAAAGCCUUUGGUGCCCAACCGAACGGCCAAGCCCUUCGGGUUUAUAAAUAGUGGAGGGGCUACCAUGCCGUCAAGCGUUAAUGCCCCUGUGGCAAAGAAACAUGAACUGAAAUUCAAGGUACCGGUGCCUGUCAACACCAGCGCACAGGUGUGGUCCCCCACAGGGGACAUCAUAGCCUCCAGGGAUGAACGCAUAUCGGUCCCGGCCAAAAAUGCGGGGAACCUCCCAGGGUCCAAUAGGAGAGUCGCCAGCAAACAGGUGUCGUCGGACCAUCAGCUGCAGAACCGGGGAGACAGGAAGUCCUACAUCGAAACGGAGGAAGAUUUCUUCAGUCUGGGCGCUGAGGCAUGUAACUUCAUGCAACCGAUGUCUGUGAAACUGAAGAUCCCCCCUCCGGUGGCGCCCAAGCCCACUGUCAACCAAAACCGGCAAACCUGGUUGAGUCCCCCCUCAGAGCCCUUCAAUCCACCAAGAAGUCCAGUGUUGGCACCUUUCUCCAACGCCGCCGGGCCUCAAGGCCAGUCAUAUGCACCACAGCCGGCCUGGUCCCAGCCUCUACCUACUCCCAACAAUGCGCCAUUUCAGACCACCGCUAAUGCCUGGGCACCAGUGGGUCCAUCUGCACAGAAUCAACCCCAACCCACCAGGAAUAGCUGGAGUGCGCAGCCGACACAGCCUCCUGUGAGUAUUAAGGCUGUCAGUCCAGCUGCUAGCCCAGCCUACCCACUCUCAUCGUCUUCAUGGAUUAAGCCCAACAAUGUUGCUAACUCUACUGCCUCUUGUCCACAACAACAAAGGCAGCAACCCAAGGGGGCAGGCCCUACUCCCAAGGCUCAGGGUCUGGGCAGGGCCGCUCAGAGUCAGAAGGCCGAUGGACAACCUAUGAUGGGGAAAGGUGCAGAGCUGUUCGCUAGGAGGCAGACCCGAAUGGAGAAGUUUGUGGUGGACGGCGAAACGAUGGAAGCGAACCGGGCCAGAUCGACCUCCCCCGCCCCCUCUCUGCCCAACUCUUGGAGAUAUUCUUCAAAUGUCCGUGCCCCGCCGCCCCUAUCCUACAACCCCAUCCUCGCUCCUUUCUACCCCCCUGCCGCCACGAAGCAACCCCGAUCUACAAGUCCGAAUAUCAAAGCCAAGACCAAGGACAAGCCCAAACCCAAAAAGCACCUUAGCAGCUUAGAGGUGAUGCAGCAUCAGCCCUAUCAGUUAGACUCUUCACUCUUCAGAUACGAAGCAGUCUCUGAGAAACAGAGUCAAAGCCCAAUACCAUCACCAGCACCUGAGAUUAACCCAGUCCCUAGACCUAGAAAACCCAGAUCUGCCCCUUCUCACUCUCUUAGAAAUAAGGCCCAAAUUAAGCCCAAUGCCCCUUCUGGUUCUCCCUCAGGAAUGGCAUACGGCCGGAGCUACUCCAUGACGCUCCCCGCCCGGCUGCGGCCCCUCCACUCUCCAACGACCCCGCCCUUCUGUGGGGGGCCGCCCAGGUUCCAUGCCUCUCUCAGGCUGCCUCCGCAGAGGCAGGCCUCCUGGCAGGACGGGCCCGUGAAGGCCCCUACGCCCUGGGAGGCAGCGUGCCGCAGCCCCCUGGGCUCCGUGGACGAGGCCUUCUUCAAGAGCAUCCCGGACCCCGUGGCCCCCGGCCUCAGGGCCGGGGGCCACCGCCGCUCUCUGCCGGAGCCCCCGGCCGACUGGACCCACCGGGUGGCCCUGGAGGUCCCCUGCUCCCCGGGGCCCAAGGGGGCCUACUUCCGCCCGCCCGCGGCCCAAGCUUCGCCCCCCUUCUGCGGCCCCCCCUUCAAACGAGGAAGUCGCCUCUCGGGCGGAGGCCGGAUCUUUCUGGGCUUUAUGGAGUCCCACUGAUUCCAGGGGACAACUCAUGCCCGAUUUCCUGAUAUAUAUUAUAUAUUAGUUAUGUCUUAUGCAAUUUUACAGAUGAAGUAAUGACACAAUAUUAAUUCCACUUAAGACACCAGCCCUUUGCUUAGCACAGAUAGAGUAGGAACAAUAUAUUGGUCACCAAGGAGUGUGCUUUAGGAAAACACACCUUUUGAUGUAUUUUGUACAACUAAACAACUUGACCUGCACCCUUGUCGUCAAAGUUGGUGCAGGUUUGGAAAUUGGAACGGUGUUAUAUUUGAUCGUCGAUAACCCGCAGUUAUCCAGGGUGGAAUCCACAAAUGAAUCUGAAUUGCUGGUUUUCUAACUUGUCAGUUAGAAAACCACGGAGUAGCAAUGUUUCAAAGCGAUGGCAGAGUAAGUAGAGUGCAUUUAUAGGAAUGUGUUACAGAUGUUGAGAGAAAAUGUAAAAAGAGAUUAAACCUUUGUAGACUACAGGGUCCAUAGUACCAUACACGUUAUUAAUAUAAUCAUAUAAACCUUGAUUUUACAUCAGUUAAUAUGAUUGCAUUAAUAUAUUAUACAUAUUAAUACAAUCAUAUUAACUGAUGUUAUAUUAAGGUAGUUAAACAGAGCUUGUAUUUCAAAUGUCUAAACGCUAGUAAUGUAAAUCUGUGGGUCAAAAUGAAUCAGUACUUUAAUUCGAAUAGACUGAGACUAUAUGGAAACGUUUAUAAAACAUAUGUCAUUGCGGUAUUGCUGUGUGUCACAUUUGUUAUUAAGAGGAUGAACUUUGCAGAUGUAACUAAUGGUGGGCUAUGUGGAGGCACUGUGUGUGACACUGAAUUCACAGCACAGAACUAUGGCCCUCUGGUUUAUGUUUAGGGUUAGGGUUAGUUCUCAAAUGGACCUCACACACCACACGGGAUUAUUGUUUAAUCUCACUCAUCAGAAUGUAAUCUCACACUUUUGAAACACAGUGACGUUUCUAAAGGUUUUAAAAAAGAGGGCUGACGCGAUGCAGCACAACGCUUGAUGAUAACUUUAUGCUCUGUAAGGUGACCUUGGGUGCCUUGAAAGGCGCCUCUAAAUUAAAUGUAUUAUUAUUAACGCUGUGUUGCUGUCUUGUACUUCAUCAUAUGUCAUUAUGAAUGAACAGUGUUGCACAGUAUUUUGCAGUGAGUAUUACAACAUCCAUUAUGUUAUUUGCACUAACUACAUUGGAAAGUACUUAGUGACAGUUGGUGUGUUCGAAUUGGAUGUAGUACACACUAGCAGGGCACAUGAUUUUUGAGAUAAUACCAAUAAAACAUUGUUUUAUUUAA